AUGUGCAGGAGAAAUCUUAGGAAUGAUCUUGGUAUGGCAUCAUUUUUUCGUCGUAUGUCAUCGAUUGUAAAACAAACACAUAAAAAUAAAUCGACUGAUAAUAUAACACAUGAUGAAGAAUCUAAUGCUGACGAUAGUUCACCAACAAUUUUGAGGAAACAAAUAAAAAAUGUAGAUUUAUCGCCAAAACAUUUAUCGUUAUCCAAAGAGCAACAUUUUCAACAAUUACGAAAACGACGAUGUAGUGCACCGGUUCUCAUGUUACGUCGUCGAGUCGACGCAUUAGCAACGUGUGAUGAAGAUGAUGAAAUAAAUUCAUCAAGAAAUACUUAUGUCGAUGCAAAUAUAAGAUUAUCGUUAGAGCAAAUGCUGCUACAAGGCAAAACACAGCACAUGCUUUAUCAUCAAACUAAGUCUGAAAGAAUCAAUUUGUGGUAUGAUAUAAAAACUCAAAAAAAUAGUUUACAUGAAUUUUAUUUAUUUAUUUUUAUAAAAAAAACAAAAAAACAUUCAAUUUAUCAAAACAUAUAUAUAAUGGCAAAAUUUGGCUCGUUUUUUCGACGUAUAUUCUCAUCUUUUUCAUCGGAUGAUAACAACAAUAAAAAUAAUAAUAAUAACAAUAAUAAUGACGACAACAAUGAUGUUCAAAUGGUUAAUAAAAAAAUUCAAUCAGAAUGUGGUAGUUCGAUGAUUGAAACAAAUUCUAAUCAUAGUUGUGAUGUAAUUAUUAUACCAUCGACCAAUAAUCGAAUUGGAAAACAACUAACCAUACAAGAUAAUAUUUCAAAUAAUUCAAACUAUCUUUCCUCAUCACUAAGUAUUCAUAAAAAUUCAUGUCGUCGUUUAAGUGUACCAAAUAUUACAUCACCAUCAUCAAAUGAUAUUAAAAAUCAAUUAUUAACAUCACUUCAUCGUUUAUCAUUAUCUUCUCCAUCGAAAAAUGUUCUUUCAUCAACAGCGAUUAGUGGAACAACUUCACCAUCUACAAGUUCAAUUGCAUUAUCAAAUAGUAAUAUGUCAUCAAUCGAGUUUAAAACUGGUACACCACCAACCGUGCCUUCGCCUCGUUUGAACAACCAAUCAAAUAAUUCACCAUCGCCAAAUGCUAUGAAAGAUAUUUCUCCGAGUGACACUAAUAAUCAAAUAGAUAACUCAAGAAAAAUGUCUUUACCAAAUAGAGGGCGUAGACCAUCAAUGUUUGAUCCCAUUGAUCCAACAGAAUUACAAGCAGCUUUAUAUGCUACAGCUGUUGCGAAAUCGAAUUCUACAUCUUGUCAAACUAGCGACGAAGAUCAAAAACAUGCUUACAUUCGAUGUUCAAUAUCGUAUGAUCGAGAUAAUGAUCAAAUUCAAAUCGAUAAUAUUUGUUUUGAAAAUAUUUUUUCACUUGAAUCAUUAACACCUCAACAAGGUCCUCAAUAUACACCAUGUGAUCCAACUACAGCCAGUUCAUUUUAUUGUCGUUUUCGUUUAUAUCCUGAACGACGUUCGGUAUUUCAAACAAAAAUUAUCCGCCAUAAUCGAACAUCUCAAUCACAUUUAUUCGACGAUAAAUUGACGUUUGAAAUGAAACCUGAAUUAUUGAUUAAUCAUUCAAUUGAAAUACUGGUGUAUACCAUAAGUAAAAAUUUCAAAGAUGUCAGAGUAGGAACAGCACGCUUUGAUUUACACGAACUAUAUGAUAGUGAUCGUAUUCGAGUUAGAAAAGUAUUAAAUGAAACUGACAAUAAUACAAAUCAGGAUCCGGAUCUAGGAGAACUACUGAUAUCAAUGUCGUAUUUACCAAGCGCUGGAAAAUUGGCCGUAGUCAUUAUGGAAGCAAAAAAUUUACGUCCAUUGUCAGUUGAAAGCAAAGUAUUACCGGACCCGUGUGUUAAAGUCACAUUACUUCGCGAUGGACGAAAAAUAAAACGAAAGAAAACGAGUGUUCAGCGUUCAACAGACAAUCCAAUGUUCAAUGAAGAGUUAGUAUUUGAACUACGUAAAGAAGUUGCUGGUGAAACAAUGAUUGAAAUUCGAAUAGUUCAUGAAUCAUUAUCAUGGAAAGAAAAUUUAGGAUGUGUUCUAUUUGGCGCAUCAUCAUCAACGGGAAAAACAGAAGAAAAUUUAUAUUGGAAAACUGUACUUGAUGGGCAAUCGUUGAAGGCCGAAUGGCAAAUGUUAAAACCUGCAGUUAACACACCAACAAAUUUUUCUGAUCGAUCGGCCGAAAUAUUAGCAGAAGUUAUCUCAGAUCCAAGUUUAUUACAAAAUUUUUUGUAUAAAAAUCCCAUUGAACUUGGUGUGCAAAAAUCAUUUGACUUAUCCGAACAUGAGGUAAAUACGGUUCGUUUUGAUACAGAAUCAAAAGGCAUUAAUCAUACUGAAGGUGGAUGGCCAAAAGAUGUUAACAUAACUGAACACGAUCAAAUAAGGCGAUAUCGACGAAAAGUUGAGAAAGAUGAUGCCUAUUUGAACUCAUUGAGUAGAUUAGCUAGAGAGCUAGAAUUUGGAAUAAAACAGCAAAAUUCUAUUGAUAUUUAUCAAGAAUAUUUUCAGAAUAAGCUCGAUGAUUUUGACGAACCAUUUUAUGCGAAAACAGUGAAUUUAUACAGUUAUUAUGCAAAUGUAAAUAAAUCAGCAAAUCACAUUGCAUGGCAAGAAGGAAAACGAAAAAUAGCCGUCUCCUAUUGUAAUCUAGAUUUUAAUUCACAAACACUUGAUGCAAUCGAUUCAUUAGUUUGGGAUAUGGAAAAUCCGAAUAAGCCAGAGACUGUGUUAAAACCGAAUUCACCGUUGACAAGUGUUGAAUUUAAUCAGAAAGAUACUCAUCAGUUGUUAGCAGGAUGUCAUAAUGGGCAAGUUUGUAUAUUUGAUUUACGAAAAGGAAAUACACCGGUUGAACAAUCAUUUAUUGAAAAUAGCCAUCGUGAAUUAGUGAGAAAUGCGGUGUGGCUUCAAUCAAAAUCUGGAACAGAAUUUUUUUCCACUGCUGCUGAUGGAAAAAUUUAUUGGUGGGAUACUAAGAAAAUGUCGGAGCCUGUUGAUCAAUUAAUUUUAGAUGUUGAGAAGAAAAAUCGUCUCGAGUAUGCAUUGGGAGCUACGUGUCUCGAAUAUGAUUCAAGUAUUUCUUGUACAAGAAAGUCAAAAAGUGAUUCAGAUCGAAUUAACGUUAUUUAUCAUGGUCAUAGUGGUCCUGUCUACUCGUUGCAACGACAUCAGUUUUUUAAUAAAAUAUUUUUGUCCGUGGGUGAUUGGACCGUUCGUUUGUGGUCAGAAGAAGUUCGAGACGAAUUUAUUCUGUCUAGCAGACCGGGAAAAUAUCACCUGACAGAUGGACAAUUUAGCCCAGGUCGGCCGGGAGUACUUAUAACUUCGAGUACAGAUGGUUCGAUUCACAUAUGGGAUUUGUUAUUCAAACCAGAUGAGCCAGUAUUAAUUGUCAAGUUAGCUGAAGAACCCAUUGUUUGUUUGAGAUUUCAUGAGGCAGGUCGAUAUAUUGCUUGUGGAGCAAAAAAUGGAAAUGUAACACUCUUAGAAUUAUCAGAUAGUUUAUGUAUAUUGAAUCGUAAUGAAAAACAACUUAUGGCAUCUUUACCAAGUGAAGAAGAAACAGCAAUUCAACUUGAAAAAUCUUCUGAACAAUUCUGGAAUAUUGUAAAAGAUCAAAAACGUAGUUUACAAGAACGUCUCGUUCACUCACAAAAUGAACUACUGCAACAAGAAGAAACAGAUUCUGAUACUGAUGAAUUGACGAUAACUACAACAGAUAAGAAGGCAAACACACCAGAGUUGUAA